AUGCCCGACUACAAGUUCAAUGUUGUCAUGACCUGCUCAGGUUGCUCCAACGCAAUCGACAGAGUCUUGACUCGCUUGGAUGGUGUCCAGUCACAAGAAAUCAGCCUUCAGACUCAGGAAGUCCUCGUUCACGCCGACGGCGCAUCCUACGAAAAAGUUCUCGAAACUAUCAAGAAGACCGGCAAGGAAGUCAAGUCUGGUGAAGUCGUUUCUCAGUAA